CUGCUUACCCAUACGACCCCGAACCGCAAAUUCCGGCAAGAGCAAGAUGGGUAUCGACAUCAAAAAGCACCACGUCAAGAAGGGCAACCGUACCGCCCCCAAGAGCGAGGAUCCCUACCUGCUCUUGCUGGUCAAGCUGUACCGUUUCCUCGCUCGGCGCACGGACUCCGCCUUUAACAAGACGAUCCUCCACCGUCUCUUCCUCUCGAAGAUCAACCGUCCCCCCGUUUCUCUUUCCCGCAUCGUCAAGGAGACCGCGAAUGCGCCCGAACGUGACUCCAAGGUCAUCGUGAUCGUGGGCACUGUCACUGACGAUGUCCGCCUUCUGGAGGUUCCCAAGCUCUCGAUUGCAGCCCUUCGUUUCACUACUGCUGCCAAAGAGCGCAUCCUGAAGUCCGGUGGUGAGGUCCUCACUCUCGACCAGCUCGCGCUCCGUGCGCCUACUGGCUCGAACACCAUCUUGCUCCGCGGCAAGAGGAACACCCGCGAGGCUGUCAAGCACUUCGGCAUGGGCCCGCACAAGCACAAGAAGCCUUACACUAUCUCGAAGGGCCGCAAAUUCGAGCGUGCUCGUGGUCGCCGAAAGUCGCGUGGCUUCAAGGUCUAAGCAUGCUUCUAAAAUCGACGUGCAGUCGAUGGCAUGCAACGGCAGCUGGAGGAGCAAUCGGAGCAGUCGGUCCUGCGUGGGGGUUUGGCUGGCAGUAUUAACCACAUGCAUGCGAACAGGGUCGCACUUCCUCACGAUUGUUAUGUUUACGCGUAUCACCCUACUCAUCCCUGUAUGACCCUUGUACGGUUUAUCAUGCUCUCUAUAGCCUAUGCCACCUCCUCUCUUGCGUGACGGUCUCCGUCAUCUUGAUGUCU